AUGGCGGCGACGGCGAUGAGGGGGGUGGCUUGCACCCGUAUCACCCUCGUCCAACACCGCCCUCAGGUCUGUUGGAUCUCCUAGUAGCAUCACUAACUUUCAUUUCCUAUAGCGUACUGUUUACUGGUCUGUUUAAUUCGACGGAGCCUCGAGGUGAAAUCGUGCUGUUCGCGGUGUUUUCAUUUUGUUUCGUUUAUUCUUAUUCAUUCUUUCACGCCCAGCGAUAGAGCGUGUAUGUCUCUCCGAGUAGGGGAAUGGGUUCACUCUUGUGCAAUAGCCUCCAGCUGCUGCGGCGAUUUUUGGUUUUUACCGGAAACUUACCGUUUCUUCCGUAUUAUAGCUGAAAAUGAAUUCAGUCUGCCCGAGGAGGAUUAUCAGAAGCCGAACGAGUAGAUCAUCCAUACUUGCUCGGUAUUCUCGGACAGAGGAGUUUUCCACUCGCAUUCAAGGUACUCCAUGUAUGAAUGUACUCUGGAACUCCAUAUCUCCCUCGUAUUAUCUGUUGGUGUCAUCAGAAAGGGUAAGUGAUUUGAAAUUUUGCCAUCAAGUCUUCAAGGUGUCACCAACCAAAAUAGUCCCGAGAUACUUAGGUGAGCCAUUGAAAAUGGUGCCCGAAAAAGACCUUGGUCUCCUCAUGCUUUUUAAUGAUCUCUAAUGUUGCCUUGAGUGACUGCCAAGAAUUUUGCUAUAAAAAAAUCAAGUAUUAACAUGCGAUUACUGUACCGCACCUUACAUUCCAAAAAUAUGUCGCUGAAUAUCACAUGAGGUGAAACAUUAUACCAGACCGCUACCCAAACGUUGAAUAGUGGCAUGAUUUACUUCAUAUUUGACCUAAAUACUCGAUAAAUAUAAAUUUGAUUAGGUUCUGUACAAAGGAGUCUUAAAACCUAGUGACGCCCGCAACCAUACUCACCUUGAUCAUCUUCAUUGCGGUUGAACUCGUGGUGUUGAGUAACAUGUACUUUGUACGGAUUCAUUGACCUCCGUGCAAAUACCCGCCCACAUAUGUCAUAAAUGUCUUAAAUAAUGGAAAUUUCUCUAAUAACUUAUUUCUAUGUUUUAAUGACAUGUCGGGGAAGGAAGCUUUAGCAUAAGAUUGUAAACCAACUUCCCCAUUCCAACUAGUAGUGCAAAAUAUUUUCGCAGAUGAAAGCGGCUAACCUUGAAUCUGUCAUGUUAGGAGAGAGACAGAGGAAUUGAAGAAUCAUUGAUCUUUUUUCUUUCUUUUUAUUUCUUUUUCUUUUUCUUUGUACAACAUAGGAAAUCUUGUAGAAGAUAUAUUCUCUUAGUUGACCGAAUUCGUUUUGUUGCUUUAGAUAGAAUUGGUGAAUUACCAAAACUCGUGGAAGACAUCAUUCAAACAUCAAUCAACACAGGGCCUCGAGGUGCGCUGAGGCUGGCCCAAGGGAUUCAGGCCGUCAUAGGUGUUGGUGGGGAAUGGUUAGCUGAUGUCUCAAAGGUAUUGGUAUUAUCUUUUAUUUUAUCUUCAUGCUUGUCUUGAUCUGGUAUGUCAAUACUAUUUCGAGUAUUUUGGUUUUUUCUCAGGCUUGAUACAUCAGCAUUGAUGGAUUUGUCUUUGUAAUUUGGCUACAUGCAGUUAAAUCCAUCUCAGUGUGGCUUUGCAUUCCUGAUUUGAUUGUGCGAAUUAUCGUACAUAUUUUUUAAAAUGUGUCACGAUUCAGUCUUCUUUUCCUCAUCUUUUAUUUACGGACCACCAACAACUAUGAUUCAUUUGGACCUUUGUUCGGGUGGGUCUUGUAUGGUUAAUUAUCUAAUCUUCUCUUGGAGACAGAAAUCUCGUAUUCAUUGAGCCAGCGGAUGGGCAAAGACUGAAUAUUUUUCUAAUUUUGCAGACGAUCAAUUCAUCAAGCACAUUACCCAAUGAAAUGCAAUUCGGAUUAAUUUCCCCUCUUUAUCUACGUAAGCUAUUUGAACGCAUGGGAGCCACCUACAUAAAGUUAGGCCAAGUAUGUUGUACUUUUUUGUUAUUUGAGACAGAUAAUGCCUUUUCUUCUUCUUUUUUCCGUUCUGCAAUAGGCGCUUGCAUUUAUAAGCCUCUGUUUACUCAGUCCCAUCUUUACUAAUCUUUUUCUGUACCAAAUGUACUAGAUCGGAUCAUGAAGCUAUUAGAAAUUCACAUUAUGUUUACCGGCUGCAGCCCUCUGGCCGAAGUCUAGAUCUUCACUGUGAGAUACCUGAACUGUGCCAAAAUCUAUAUGGAUAAUAUCUAACUUGGCAUGAGAUACAUUCAGUUUCAUUUGCAAUAGAAAUGUGGUAUUUGGUGUUGAUCUUCUGAAUAUCUCGACACACAUAAAUUCAAUUUUACCUGGAAGCGGAAGAAUAAUAUGAUGGGAAUGUGUGCUAAGCAGAAUGGAACUUUGUCUCUUGAAUGACAUGGGAGGGGGAUUGGUGGAGUGGUCGUGUCAUAAACAUACCAAAUGUAGUGCCUAGAUAAUUCCAAAGAAGAUCCAGACAGGUAGAGUGGAAAAAACACUCUCCAUGGUCACCAUGGUCACCAUAGGUGUCAUUUCUCUCACGUAUCGUUUGGGCUCGUUUGACUCGGAUAUUGUUAUUCUAUGAACAUUCAUCAAAUGUAUGGCCACUUUUUAUUUCUCGUGAUUCGUUUUUUCGUCCUGUCAUUUUUCCCUUUUCACUUUGAUGGGUUGUGGUGUUGAACUAGGCAUCUCGGGUCACUAUUUUGCAGUUUAUUGCAUCUGCGCCAACUUUAUUCCCUGCGGAAUAUGUUGAAGAAUUUCAGAACUGCUUUGAUAGGGCUCCGGCUGUUCCAUUUAAGGAGAUUGAGGUUAUUCUGCGUGAAGAUUUGGGGAAGCCGCUAGAUAGUGUGUAUGAGUAUAUAGACCCAGUGCCAAUUGCCUCAGCGUCAAUUGCUCAGGUUUGUGCAAAUAAUUUUUUUUGGCGAAGAUAUUGAUUGAUUGAAAGGAUGAUUAAAGCAGGAUCCUUUAGCUCCCUGUUGCAGGUUCAUGCUGCAAGGCUAAAAGGUUCAAAAGAAGAUGUGGUGAUAAAGAUUCUGAAGCCCGGUAUAGAGGAUGUACUGGUUGCAGAUUUGAACUUUAUUUAUGUUGUUGCACGCAUCCUGGAGUUCUUAAAUCCUGAGCUUCGUCGGACUUCACUGGUAUGGGACUAAUUGACUCUUCUUUAUCUUCGUUUUGUUUGGAUACUUUGGAUACAUCAUCAAAUGUUCAGCUAGCAACCCAUUACGUCUUUCCAUGAAUAGUGACAAAAAAAAUAUUCGUAUCAGGUAGACAUAGUUGAGGAAUAACUCAGCAUGUGCAUGCAUAUUUCUGGCUUUUCUGCCCGCCUACAGAAUCACCUAUGAAUGGUACUGUGACCCUGAAGAUUUGGGCUAUUUUCUUACAAUUACUGGUUUUCUGAUCUGUUUUUUAUGUUCUUCAUAUUGGUGUAUACUAAUACGUUCAACAGAUGUAAUUUCUGCGUUUGAGAGCCAGAAUCUUUCUGCCAACUUUCCCAAAUUCAACCAGAUUCAUAUCAUACACCUGAUAAAGCCUAAUUGUUUUCUUCCACCAUUUAUGGAGUCUUCACCACAGUUGGUUUGCCAAUUGUAUGUUUUUCUUCAUCUAAGUUUUCGUCAUUGUUGUACGUCUACAUUUAUGUUAAAAUGAAGAAGAUUUAUUCUAUCACAAAAUUACCUGUGCUCGAAUUUUUUUUAAUCUCAUUUGACGGAUAGGCACUGUGAUUUUAUGCUCUAUUUUCAUUUCUCCUUUAUGGAUUCUCGUUGAUAACUAUGUCUACUCAUUGUGCCUUCUUCCAUAUCUGGAAGUAUAUGCAUUGGGACAUCCUCAAUCCCUUCCAUUGCUCUUUAAUAUUGUUUCCCUUGUGUUUAAUCACUAGUUCUUGGACUUCAUCUCUCCAUUGUGACCAUCCCUAUUAUUUACCAGUUGCUUACAACAUCUACGGUUUCUAUGUUGUGGUCCAAUAGGUAGGCAUCAUAAAAGAUAUAAAGGAAUCAAUGCUUGAAGAAGUUGAUUUUCAAAAGGAGGCUGCAAAUAUUGAUGCCUUUCGGAGGUAUCUCGAGAAUGUUGGACUCACAAGACAAGCUGCAGCUCCUAAAGUCUACUGGAGCUGUAGCACUAAACGGGUAUUAACAAUGGAGAGGCUUUACGGAGUUCCUCUCACUGAUCUUAAUUCGAUAAAAUCCUUUACAUCUGACCCAGAGAUGAGCUUAGUGACUGCACUCAAUGUCUGGUAGGUCUUUUGGAAGCCUAACUUCUUAUUCUAUCAUAAUCAAUGUGAAAUAUUUGUCCGUUAUAUUAUUGUCUCGUUAAGCUGCUAACACCACCAGUUCCUUGUAAUGUUAGUUCGUCAUACUUUUGUAAUAUGUGAUACUAAAUUGCAAUCUGCUUAUGUAGGUUUGGAAGCUUGCUUGCAUGUGAAACAUUUCAUGCAGAUGUACAUGCUGGAAACUUGUGGCUACUUCGUGACGGCAGAAUUGGGUUCCUGGAUUUUGGUACGUACUCUCGAUCAUUGAUAUCCAUUUCUAGUUAUUGCUUUUACACCAGUCAUCAUCCUUUUAUGAGAUUAAAAUAGACAUUUCACAUUGAAGUUGUAAAAAUGAAAUUUGGACGUUGUAGAGUCCUGCGUUCAAUGGUAUUCAGCGGCUUUCAGUGAUAUUCUGAGUUUACCAAGUUUGUUCAGAAAUAAAGGUUGUUGGUUUCAGGCCCUUGUACCCCUUUACGUGGAAUACAUGAAUUUAUUGACUGGCUAUUUUCUUCCCUAGCGUAUGGCCACAUUGCUAGGGUCAACUAUCUUUUCCUCGUUUAUAGAAACAAGAGAUCGCACUGAACAUUGACAAAACAAUGUCAUAUUCUUCGUUCUGUCCGGCUGAUCUCACAAACUUUCGGCACUGGUUAUUAUUAUUAGGUUGCCCUUUUUUUUGUUUUUUCUUUUUUUCUUUUUUUUUUGCGAUUUGAGAAGGUGAUGAUAUUCAUGAUGAACUUACUACAAAAGAUCGGUCUAUACAGGAAUAGUAGGACGUAUUUCCCCAAAAACAUGGGCUGCAAUGGAAACAUUCUUGGCAUCAUUUUCCAGUGAGCAGUACGACGCAAUGGCCGUUGCCUUGAUCGACAUGGGUGCUACAGAGAAGAGCGUAGAUGUCAAGGCCUUCGCGAAAGACUUGGAAAAAAUAUUCUCUUCAAUCAAGGUACCUCCUGUGAAUCUUACUACUUAUGUCAGCAAAUGGGAAAGCGUUUUUACUCACCUUGUUGGCAUUGAGUAAAUGCCAUAACCUACAUGUUUCUUCAGACUUCAACUCUGAUUCGUACAUCAUUUAUCCAAAUUGUUCUCUUUUAACUACCCAUAUUGUACACUUAUCCAUAUUUGCUUCAAAGAACUAAACUAGGAAUCAUUAUUCCUGUAAACACUUGAAAGCGGAUUCUGUAUCUGUUCAAAAUUCGAGUUAUAUUUGCACUAAUGAAAUUGUUUAAAAUAUCCAACCUAAGUUCCGUCUUCCUGCUGAGCAGGACUUGGACACAGAAAUAAUUGUGGCCACUGCAAGAGGACCCAAUGCAGCCGCUGUUUCCGCGAAUGUGAUUAUAGAUGAAAGGCAGAUGAAUGCUUUGUUCUUGGAUGUGGUAUGUGGUGAAAUACCUUCCCAGUUUAUUAUUUUUUCCUUAACCAUUUUCGGAACCACUUGAUGUGUUCAUGAUGCUGUGCUUUGCAGGUGAGGGUGAGUGAAUCCUAUGGGCUGAGAUUUCCCCGGGAGUUUGCCCUUUUAAUGAAGCAGCUUCUAUAUUUCGACCGUUACACUCGCCUGCUGGCUCCUACCCUGAACAUGCUUCAGGACCAGAGGAUCACCAUUGCUUCCAAUCGGAGGGUGAGAAGGCCACCACCAUUUGAGAAAGUCACAGAUAUAUAG